AAAAAUUUUUGCAAGCGAGCUGGAAAUACCGGCCUAACUGCAUUUGGAAAAUGUACUCGUUGUCGUUCAUUCGUUUCUUUUUUCACUCCGGUGGGAUUUCGUCUGUUUUCUAACGGAAAUAUGAAGUUUACAAUCCUAGAGCCCGACGGAAAGGCACACGAUUUCGUUCUGACAGGCGACAAACUGGGACAAGAAGCAUUAGACAAGGUCUGUGAGCAGCUAGGAAUAAAGGAGAAAAAUUAUUUUGGUCUUCGACACACUGUGAAUGAUAUCGGAGUCUGGUUAAAUCUGAGAAAUCCAGUGUCAACUCAACUUCGCCCUCAUUUACCUGGAAAACCUCAUCGGCUCCGCCUUGAGGUUAAAUUUUACGUAGCACCACAAGAACUUCAACAGGAGGAAACGAGACAACAGUUUUACCUCUGUCUCAAGAAGCAAAUGGCCGACGGAAAAUUCAAUUUGACACAAGAUAACGCUGUUCAGCUUUGUGCUCUCAUGGCCCAGGUGGAGUAUGGAGAUUACUCAAACAUGCCUAGAAUCUACCCACAGUUUCUUUCACCUUGGGGCCGAGAAGACAUGGACGCAAAAAUAGCUGAGGCACAUCAAAAGCUACAAGGGAUGCCUUCGUCAGUUGCAAGAGAUUCAUUUCUCAAUGUUAUGUCCAAGGAAGAGCUUUACGAUGCAGAAAAUUUCAAGGCCAAAACAGGCAAGCAAAAAGUCAUGGUGGCAGUUGGAAGCAGUGGAUUGAAAGUGUACGAGAGAAGAACCCAUGGAAAACUCAAGCAAAGCAUUGGUUUUGAAAGCAUAAUGAAGAUGAAUGUGUCUGAAGAGCGACUGAUUGUUGUGUUGAAGAAAGUGUCUGAAAACAGCAAGUUGAACUUCAUCCACUUCUUCUUAUCCAGCAGCGAUGCUGCAAAAGCAAUGCAUAAGGCUGCCAUGGAGCACCAACUAUUCUUCUACUCUAGUAAAGUUCGACAGUCAGUUCUCAACCAUUAUUUGCUUUCCACUCCAUGUUGGGCUCUGCCAGCCAAGUGGUUCACCAAGAUGCCACCAGGUGAGCUUUUUCACUUGGAUGUGAAACAUACAAGGCGUCAGGCAUACGAUCUUCACUAUGAAAAAGUUCAUGAAGACAGUGACUCUGUGUUUAGACACAACUGGGUUUCAAAGUGCUCCAAUUGUACCUCUGAAGAAGCUAAUGCUCUCUUCACACCAUGUGGGCACCUUGUUUACUGUAGUGAUUGUGCAAAGGCUGAAUCAGCCUGCCCUGUGUGUAAUACUGUUGUUACCAGCUGGCAAAGGGUUUAUUUCUCCAAUGACUCAGAGUGUGAUGAUUGGACUUGCCAGAUUUGCAUGGACUCUGAAAUCAACACUGCAUUUUCCCCAUGUGGACAUGUUUGUGCAUGUGAGAAAUGUUCAUGCCAUCUUCCUUACUGCCCAAUGUGCAAGACAUUCAUUACCUUUGUUCAGAGAAUUCAUGUUCAGUUCCCUGAACAACCUGGUGAAAGUGAUGAUGAUGAUGGCUAUAAUUCAUCUUGAGUUUGGUUGUUCAUCAUCGACUUGAGUUAACUGUUAGUUUUUGGUGGAUACAUGUUAGUUGCCUUAUUGAUCAACCAUAUCUGAACAAGGUUAUGCUUAAAUGAUGAUCUGCAUUUUGUAAUUUACAGACUGUUGUAAGAUUUAAGAAUAAUAGUUAUUCACACCAGCUGUUUUAAACAUUUGUGGGACUUCAAGAUUGAUUGAAAUUGUCUACUACAUAAUGUUAAUCGAUAAUAUUGACUAUAAUGGUUAUCCAGUGGCAUAGCACAGCAUGUCAAUAUCACAUAAAGACCAGUUAUCUGUGAUAGAAAGUUGUCAUUGUUAUUUCUUUUUUCUUUGUGAUCACAUAAAAUAUGAUAGUACUUGAUUUAUUCAUGAGACUGUAAAUCUGAGCUAGUGCAUCUAGGAAGUUACUUUUUUAGAUUGACACACUUGUACAGUGUUGGAAUGUGUUCAUCCAAUAAUUUAAAAAAAUUGAAAAAAAUUAUAGUAAGGAAAUUACAUGUAACUAUUAUCUCAUUCGGUAGAUGAUAUUAUGAUCUUUGUCAAAAUAGGAGAUAUUUAUUUGUGGUAUUCAGAAGUUCAUGAUCCGGCCAUUACUAAAUAUUUUGUUGUAACUAGUAUUGUGUACUUAAACCUAGAUAUUUAAAGUUGGCAAAAGUUUUCAAACUGCUGAAGUUUUUAAGAUGUAUCUUAAAGCUCUAAUAACAAUUAUGUAUUAACUUAAAGGAAGAUAUUGGAGUUGUGUGACAUAGAAUUGUAGCUUCUAUACAAAUGAAUUUUUGCAGAGAAGUGUUAGAGGUUUUUCCUGUGGAAAAUUAUUGCAUCAGUUGAUUGGAGUAUUGUGAUGCAAAGGAGCAUUGAUGUUAGUUUUUUGACUAAAUUAAAAUAAAUAGAUAUUUCAA